AUGCCUCCAACUCUGACAUCGCCGUUCUUUGGCUCAAACAAUCAAACAGCCAAAAGGUCCUCUCCCUUGUCUACAGCGAAAAAUAAGCCAGCCCCAAAGCGAAAUGGAAGCAUUUUGAGCUUUUUCAAGAAGUCGGACUCGCCACCUAAGCCAACUCAGCCGCGAAUUACAGAGUAUGGAGUGAGGAGUCGGAGCAACCUGCCAACAGGGCGUGCACGCCCUAGUCUCGUGGACGACGCUACUUCGGGCUUGUUUUUCGAAGACGAAGAGUCUCACAGUUCGGCAGUUGACAUACAAGCGAAUGACCCUUCCUAUCCUAGUGAAAAGCCUGAGCUCCCGGAUACUCUUUGGCACUCGCCACCUAGCUGCCCCGCAAACACAUAUGAGAAGGAUGACAGGUAUAAUGAGAGCCCUGGUGCCGUGAAAAGGCGGAGGACAGGCUCCAAAGUUGCAGAACUGGACUCAACAGAAGUGGGAAACACCCUGACUACUACGGAUGAUGAUGUAAACGAACCGCUAUCGGGACAAGCACCCAGACGAACGGACGCGGUCUCAUCAUCAAAGUCUCUCAAAAAUUGCCAUGGCCCAUUUCUAGAUGAAUCCGAUAGCGAAGGUGAUACAGAAUCACCUUUAUGCACUGAGAUGAGCGAAUCGAAACUAGGAGUGGCUCCCAUCAAAGGUCAGAAUGUUUCACCGUCUACCCCACACUCUGCAACCCGUUGUUUGCCAGCCAUGGAAUUGAUAGAGGACGAAGACUCCAGUGGUGCUAGCUGCCAGGCAGACGACAGCUUGGAAAGAGAAGGGAAUGAAAUUAACUUGAGCGCUAGGGCUUUAAAGGAGCAAGAACUAUACCUACUACCCAACGGAGAGAGAUGUGAGGAUGAGGGGCCGGCGUUAUCUGAGGAUGAAGUGGCCGUGUGUCCAAUCUGUCAGGCUAGUUUAGCCGGCCUAACCGAUACAGAAGCAUCUUUGCAUGUGAAUAACUGUCUUGACGGGAAUCCUACUGCCGUAGUCGCUACAGUAAAAGAUAUCCAAGCCACUCGGUCACCUACGGAUAUACCACCAAGGAUGAAACGAAGAGAAGCAUCCCGACCUGGGCAAAAAAACCCUUUUACUCCUGAUUCAGCCACGUCGUCCACGUCUGCAUUUGCUAAAAUUAUGUCGGCGAAUGAAGAAGAUACCGCUUGGGGUGUAGCAGCCGCUAAUGAAGAAGCAUCCAGAGGGAAGCAAUCCUACGAGCGCACUUGUCCCUUCUACAAAAUACUCCCGGGGUUUUCUAUUACUGUAGACGCGUUUAAAUACGGCGCUGUUGAAGGAUGCAAUGCCUAUUUCCUUAGCCACUACCAUAGCGAUCACUAUGGAGGGCUUACGUCGUCCUGGUCACACGGCCCCAUUUAUUGCAGCAGGGUCACCGCCAAUCUCAUCAAACAACAGAUCAAAGUAAAUCCGGACAUGGUUGUUGAACUUGAAUUCGAAAAACGAACCGAGAUACCCCGGACUGAUGGAGUUGCUGUUACAAUGAUAACCGCUAAUCAUUGCCCAGGUAGUUCUCUUUUCCUCUUUGAGAAACGGAUAGGGAACGGAAAGGGCGAAAGGAUGCAUCGGAUCCUUCACUGUGGUGAUUUCCGAGCGUCUUCGGCACACGUAAACCACCCUCUCCUUCGACCGGACACCGAGGAUCCACAUACUGGGCAGUCAGUUCAGCAAAGGAUUGAUGUCUGCUAUUUAGAUACGACGUAUCUUAAUCCUAAAUACGCGUUCCCGUUUCAGCAGGAUGUCAUCGAUGCAUGUGCGCAAAUGUGUGCAGGAUUGAACGAGGGCCACCCUGACUCUUUCGAAAUAGGAAAUGGGUUAGCUGUCUCCGAGCCCAUGACUUCCUUUCUGAAGAAAAGCCGGGGCUCGGCCCGAAUUUCUGCGGAAGACCCACAUGGUCGCGGCAAAUUGCUUGUGGUUAUUGGAACAUACAGUAUAGGCAAAGAACGUAUGUGUUUAGGCGUUGCUCGUGCUUUGAAGUCGAAGAUAUAUGUUUCGUUAAACAAGAAGCGGAUAUGCGACUGUUUAGAGGACGAUGAGCUUUCUAGCCUCCUCACCACCGACCCGCUGGAGGCCCAAGUCCAUAUGCACAGCCUGAUGGAUAUGCGCUCGGAAACACUUACUGAAUACCUAAAUUCCCUCAAGUCUCAUUUUUCAAGGAUCGUUGGCAUCCGACCCACAGGUUGGAGCUACCGUCCACGUGGAGGAACACGGACCGACAAUCCUACCGUCUCAUCGGUCCUGCACUCGGAGUCAUGGAAGCCGCGAUUUUCCGUUAACGACCUUGUUCCACAACGUGGCAGCACCAGGGAGGCUGCAUGCUUUAGCGUUCCGUAUAGCGAGCAUAGUUCAUUCCGUGAGCUUACGAUGUUUUGCUGCGCAUUACGGACAUCACGCAUCAUUCCCACGGUAAACGUGGGAAGUUCUAAGACUCGCGAGAAGAUGAAGUUUUGGAUAGACAAAUGGGAGGUAGAGAGAAGGAAAAAUGGACUAUUUAAAAUUGAAGAUGGCGCCAUACGGUGGUAA